AUGAGACUGCAGGAGAUGAUCUGCCCUCAACAUGAGAAACUGCUGGAGAUUUACUGUCUCACUGAUGAACACUGUAUAUGUUAUCUGUAUACAAUGGAUGAACACAAAAACUAUGAGACUGUAUCAGCUGCAGCACAGAGGACUGAGAAAGAGGAACAGUUGAAGGAAACUUGAAGAAAAUAGCAGAAGCAGCUUUAGGAGCUGAGAGAGGCUGUAAAGUCUCACAAGCGCUCUGCACAGACAGCAGUAGAGGACAGUGAGAGGAUCUUUACUGAUCUGAUCCGCUCCAUUGAGAGAAGCCGCUCUGAGGUGACACAGCUGAUCAGAGAUCAGGAAAAGGCUGCAGUGAGUCGAGCUGAAGAACAACUGAAGCGACUGGAGCAGGAGAUUGAAGAUCUGAGGAGGAGAGAUGCUGAGCUGGAGCAGCUUUCACACACAUACCAUCACAUCCAUUUCCUCCAGAUUCUCAUCAGUUCACUCUGGAUAUAA